AUGGCUUCACAGAUAUUGCCUUCAUCUCAUGGUGAGCUUUGGUCGCUCAAGACCAAACUUGAGGCAUCUGGCGCAAUGAUCAUUGAGGCUGGUGAGUUCAACUGGGACAGCAGUAGAUAUCUGGGGCAAGGUACAAAUGGAACAGUGUACUGUAUGACAUGGAACCGAAAAGACCACGGGGAUGUCAUCCAAGUUGCUGCCAAGAAAACCACCAAAGUUGAUUCAAAUGAAAUAGAAGUUUUGAUGAAGCUGAAGCACCCUAAUAUCAUUGGCUAUUAUGGUGUGGUCUUCAAGGAGCCCUCUGUCUUUAUUGUAAUGGAGUAUGCACCGCAUGGCUCCCUAGAUACAUUUCUAGAUGACCGUCACCAGGCUGGUAACAUGCUGCCAUUGAAUCAGGUUCUUCAGUGGUGUACCAACUUGGCUCUUGCAGUGAAGUACUUGCACGACAAGGACUUGGUGCAUCGGGACAUUAAGGCCAGUAACUGCCUCAUCUGCCAGGAUGGGGAACUGAAGCUUUGUGACUUCAACGAUGCCAGACAGCUAGCGACAACUGUUAGCACCGAGCAACGAGGAUCCUUGCCCUGGAUGGCACCCGAGGUCAUGUCCGAGAAGAAGUUUUCAAAAAAAUCGGACAUCUACUCUCUGGCCGUGGUGUUUUGGCAGAUCCUCACGUGCCAAGUGCCAUAUGCAGAUCGGCAGACCGGGGUGCAGAUUAUGUGGUGUGUGUGCACUAAGAAUGAGCGACCGUCAAUUCCCCAGGGUUGCCCAGAUGAAUUUGCAGCUCUUAUGAGCGAUGGUUGGAAGGAGAAAUGGAGCGAAAGGCCUGACAUAUCUCAGAUACUUAAAAGAUUAAGCUCAGUGCCCACAUGA